GAGGGGUCCGGGCCCCGGCGCUUGAGUUGUUGGGAGUAGUCGUCGCCGCUUCUGCCGGCAACCCAUGAGGAAAAUGCUCGCAGCUGUCUCCCGCGUGUUGUCGGGCGUCGCCCAGAAGCCGGCAAGCAGAGUGCUGGUGGCAUCCCGUAAUUUUGCAAAUGAUGCUACGUUUGAAAUUAAGAAAUGUGAUCUUCACCGACUGGAAGAGGGCCCUCCUGUCACCACGGUACUCACCAGGGAGGAUGGGCUCAAAUACUAUAGGAUGAUGCAGACUGUUCGCCGAAUGGAAUUAAAGGCAGAUCAGCUGUAUAAACAGAAAAUUAUUCGUGGUUUUUGUCACUUGUGUGAUGGUCAGCUGCUGCUUCUUUUAAUGCAGGAAGCUUGUUGUGUGGGCCUGGAGGCCGGCAUAAAUCCCACAGACCAUCUUAUCACAGCCUAUCGGGCUCAUGGCUUCACCUUUACUCGUGGACUUUCUGUCCGAGAAAUUCUUGCAGAGCUUACAGGACGAAGAGGAGGUUGCGCUAAAGGGAAAGGCGGAUCGAUGCAUAUGUAUGCCAAAAACUUCUACGGGGGCAACGGCAUCGUCGGAGCUCAGGUACCCCUGGGAGCAGGGAUUGCUCUGGCCUGUAAGUAUAACGGAAAGGAUGAGGUCUGUUUGACUUUAUAUGGCGAUGGUGCUGCUAACCAAGGUCAGAUAUUCGAAGCUUACAAUAUGGCAGCUUUGUGGAAAUUGCCAUGUAUUUUCAUCUGUGAAAAUAACCGCUAUGGAAUGGGAACAUCUGUUGAGAGAGCAGCGGCCAGCACGGAUUACUACAAGAGAGGUGACUUCAUUCCUGGGCUGAGGGUAGAUGGAAUGGAUAUCCUGUGUGUCCGGGAGGCGACGAGGUUUGCAGCCGCCUACUGUAGAUCUGGAAAGGGGCCCAUACUGAUGGAGCUACAGACUUACCGCUACCACGGACAUAGCAUGAGUGACCCUGGUGUCAGUUACCGUACACGAGAGGAGAUUCAGGAAGUAAGAAGUAAGAGUGACCCUAUUAUGCUUCUCAAGGAUAGAAUGGUGAACAGCAACCUGGCCAGUGUUGAAGAAUUAAAGGAAAUUGAUGUUGAAGUGAGGAAAGAGAUUGAGGAUGCUGCCCAGUUUGCCACCGCUGAUCCUGAACCGCCUUUGGAAGAACUAGGCCAUCACAUUUACAGCAGCGACCCACCUUUUGAAGUUCGGGGUGCAAAUCAGUGGAUCAAGUUUAAGUCCAUCAGUUAAAGGGAAACUGCACAUCACGGAUGGUGAUACUUUCA